AUGGCGACGACGAAUGGGGCCUCGUCGGCCAUCAAAGUCCCAAUUCUGGGCAAGGAGAGCAUCGUCGUCGACUACAAACUCUGGCCAACUUACGCCGCAGAAGAUCUGCUAAACAACGUCGUCUCCUCUACUUACGUCCUCAUCUGCGACACGAACCUCGCCCAAUUAAAUUACGUCCCAGACUUCAAGAGCGCUUUUGAGAAGGCGAGGUCGAAAUUGGGCAAGACUGAAGAGGAAGCUAGACUUCUGAUCUACGACAGAGUGAGACCUGGGGAGGAGUCGAAAGGCAGAAAGACAAAAGCUGAGAUCGAGGACUGGCUGCUCACGCAAGGAUGUACUCGGGAUACAGUCAUCCUCGCGCUAGGUGGAGGUGUCAUGGGCGAUUUGAUCGGAUUCGUGGCUGCGACGUACAUGCGCGGUGUGCGCUUCGUGCAGAUUCCAACGAGCUUGUUGGCCAUGGUGGACAGCUCUAUUGGUGGCAAAACCGCCAUUGAUGUGCCCAUGGGAAAGAAUCUGGUUGGAGCUUUCUGGCAGCCCGAGAGGAUAUACAUUGAUCUCGCUUUCUUGGAAACGCUGGACAAGAGGCAGGUGUGCAACGGGAUGGCGGAGGUAGUCAAGACUGCUGCCAUCUGGGACGAGGCGGAGUUUGAGAGAUUGGAAGAGAACGCAGAUGUGAUCAUGGCGGCCUUGGAGAAGCCUCUAGGCGAUGGACGCUUUGCUGGCAUCGAAGAGAUCUUCAAGAGAAUUGUGCUGGGUUCUGCGAGAGUCAAGGCUGAGGUCGUGAGCAGCGACGAGCGAGAAGGUGGUUUGAGAAAUCUGCUCAACUUCGGGCAUUCAAUCGGUCAUGCUUACGAGGCCAUACUCACGCCCGAGAUUCUUCACGGAGAGUCCGUCGCGGUGGGAAUGGUCAAGGAGGCAGAGCUUGCGAGAUACCUUGGAGUCCUUACACCCGGUGCAGUUGCCAGGCUUUCGAAAUGCAUUGCAAGUUACGGUCUUCCUACUGCUGUGACUGACAAGUUCAUCACGAAGAAGACGAAAAAGAAGUGCAGAGCAGACGAGUUGCUCAGGCGCAUGGCAGUGGACAAGAAGAACGCUGGGUCGAAGAAGAAGAUUGUUUUGCUCUCGGCGAUUGGGAAAUGCUACGAACCACAGGCAACGAAAGUUGCAGACAAGGACAUUCGCAUCGUACUAUGCCCUUCAAUUCGGGUCAGGCCUGGCGUACCAGAUUCGUUGGAUGUAUCUUGCAAACCCCCCGGAAGCAAAAGCAUCUCAAAUCGUGUGCUAUUGCUGGCUGCGUUGGGUCAAGGCAAAUGCAAGAUCACCAACUUGCUACAUUCAGACGACACUCAGUUCAUGCUGUCCGCCAUUGCCAAGCUUGGCGGAGCAACAUACGGCUGGGAGGAGGAAGGUCGUGUGUUAGUGCUCAAUGGCAAUGGCGGUGCGCUCAAGGCAUCGAAGGACGAGAUCUACAUCGGCAACGCUGGCACCGCAUCACGCUUCUUGACGACUGCCUUGACACUGGCUCAAUCCUCCGCUGAAGCUUCGCAUACUGUUCUCACUGGCAAUGCACGCAUGCAAGAACGACCCCAAGGACCCCUUGUCGAUGCACUGCGGACCAAUGGCGUGGACAUCGAGUAUCUCGGCCAGCCUGGAAGCCAGAGUCUGCCGCUACGAAUUGCUGCAAUUGGUGGAUUCGAAGGCGGCGACAUCGAGCUGACUGCCAAAGUCUCGUCCCAAUACGUCUCGUCCAUCCUCAUGUGCGCACCAUAUGCGAAGAAGCCAGUCACGCUGCGACUAGUGGGCGACAAGGUCAUCAGCCAGCCAUACAUCGACAUGACUAUCGCUAUGAUGGCGGACUUCGGUGUGCACGUCACCAGAAGCAAGACUGAGCCGAACGUCUACCACGUUCCAAAACAACCGUACCGGAACCCAGCUGACUACGAGGUUGAGAGCGAUGCCAGCAGUGCGACUUAUCCUCUUGCAGUGGCUGCCAUCACUGGCACCAAGUGUACUGUACCCAACAUUGGAUCCGCGUCUCUUCAAGGAGACGCUCGUUUUGCCGUGGAUGUGCUGAGACCAAUGGGGUGCACCGUGCAGCAGACAGAGACCAGCACGACUGUCACUGGGCCACCAGUUGGCGAACUUCAGCCACUGCCAGAGGUCGAUAUGGAGCCCAUGACUGAUGCAUUCCUGACCGCCUCUGUUCUCGCGGCUGUAGCCAAACCCAACAAGCAUGGCGCAACUACGAGAAUCGUUGGAAUCGCUAACCAGAGACAGAAAGAGUGCAAUCGAAUAAAGGCCAUGUACGACGAGCUGGCCAAGUUCGGUGUCACAUGCCGUGAGCUGGACGAUGGCAUUGAGAUCGAUGGCAGGGGAUUGGACAUUUCGGCGCCAAAACACGGCAUUGACUGCUACGACGACCAUCGUGUAGCCAUGAGCUUCAGUGUUCUUGCUACAGUUGCGCCUGAAGGCACGCUGAUCGAAGAACGCGAAUGUGUCGGCAAGACCUGGCCGGGUUGGUGGGAUCAACUGCAUCAGAUCUUUGGCGUGCAACUUGAGGGUGUCGAGCAGGAAGAGCAGCAUCUGAACGGCUCGCUCACCAAUGGUGCAAACGGUGUCAAGCGCCCAUUGCUCGUGAAAGGAGUCAGUGGCACUUAUUUACACCGGGAAGUGAAGAAGUCCAUCUUCAUCAUUGGCAUGCGUGGAGCUGGCAAGACGACGACAGGUGGUUGGGCAUCUAGGAUACUAGGCUGGCCGCUUGUGGACAUGGAUACUGAGCUUGAAGCACAAGAGGGAAUGAGUAUACCUGAAAUGCUCAAAGAUAACGACUGGGCAGGAUUCAGGCGGAGAGAACUUGCUCUUCUCAGGCGAUGCAUGAAAGACAGGCCUAAUGGCCAUAUCUUCGCGACGGGCGGCGGCGUUGUCGAGACUCCUGAAGCGCGAGAACUACUCAAAGACUGGCAAAACGAGGGCAUGGUCCUCUACGUCACGCGUGAUGUGAAGGCUGUCAUGGACUUCCUCAACAUCGACAAGACUAGACCAGCUUACGUUGAGGACAUGAUGGGUGUGUACCUUCGCCGCAAGCCGUGGUUUGAAGAGUGCAGCAACCUCCACUACCACUCGCAGACUGUGGACGAGUCUGCAGCGAUUGUCGGUUGGACAAGCCCUCUGGACGAUUUCACCCGCUUCCUCAACACCAUGACUGGCAGGAGCGGCGCCGUUCAGAAGAUACAGAAGAAGGAGCAAUCUUUCUUCGUCGCCUUGACAACACCUUCAAUCCAGAACGUCGCCCCCAUCCUGCCUGAGGUCACAGUGGGUGUCGAUGCGAUCGAGCUGAGGGUCGACCUGCUCGUUGACCCCAAGUCACCUGAUGGAUUGCCUACACCAGACUUUUUAACCGAGCAGGUGGCGUUGUUGCGCUCAUCUUCGAUGCUGCCUCUGAUCUUCACGCUACGAUCAGUAUCGCAAGGUGGAAAGUUCCCCGAUGACGAUUCGGAAAGGGCGAUCGCGCUCUACGCCGUUGGGCUGCGUAUGGGAUUCGACUUUGUUGAUCUCGAGCUCACAAGCUCGCACGAGGUCAAAGAAUACGUAUUGAACCACCGUAAGAUGUGCACCAUCAUCGCAUCGCACCACGACCCCAAGGGAACGCUUUCCUGGGCCAAUGGGGCGGAAGAUUGGCUACCACAUUUCGAUGCUGCAAGAGAGUACGGCGAUAUCGUGAAGCUUGUUGGUGUUGCUAAGAGCUUCGACGACAACGACGACCUCAAGGCUUUCAAGAAGUGGGUCGCCCAGACCCAUCCCAGAACGCUCCUCAUCACUAUGAACAUGGGAGAGAAGGGCAAGAUGAGCCGUGUCAACAAUGGGUUCAUGACUCCCGUCUCGCACCCAGCCUUGCCCUCGAAAGCUGCUCCUGGCCAGCUCUCCGCCGCUGAAAUCAGGAAAGUUUUGGGGCUGGUUGCGUACAUCGAGGCGAAGAAGUUUUACAUUUUUGGACGUCCCAUUGCCCAUAGUCGAAGCCCUGCGAUGCAUAACCAUCUGUUCCAGCUCACAGGUCUACCUCACGAGUACGGCUUGUUCGAGACCGACAGGGCUGAGGACGUCAAAGACAUCAUCCGUUCGCCAGAUUUUGGAGGAGCGAGCGUCACCAUUCCGUUGAAGCUCGAUAUCAUGCAUCUGUUGGAUGUUAUUAACCCUGCCGCAAAGACGAUCGGGGCUGUCAAUACCAUUGUGCCUUCCAAGGACGGCUCUGGCAGGACAAUCUUGACCGGCCACAACACGGACUGGCAAGGCAUGGUGCUAGCCCUCCGCAACGCCGGCGCGAACGGCACCGCUGGCGUGUUCCACGAUUCUGCCAUGGUCGUUGGCGGAGGUGGCACUUCUCGCGCUGCGAUCUACGCACUGAAGGAGAUGGGCUACAGCCCGAUCUACCUCGUUGGCCGCAACAAGUCGAAGCUCUCAAUCCUCACGCAAAGCUUCUCGGCCGACUACAAUAUUCAGCUGCUUUCGAGCGAGGAAGAAGCCCAAUCGAUUCCAGCUGAUAAGCAGCCUGUCGUUGCAAUUGGGACGAUUCCAGGGGACUUGCCCAUCGACUCAGGCCUAGAGUCGAUCUUGAAGGUUAUAUUCAACGUUGGCGCUACAUCUUCGAACGCAGCGGGUGUCACAGGCGGCAAUGCUGGCAAAGUGCUGCUGGAGAUGGCAUACAAGCCUUCCGUGACGCAGUUGAUGGAGUUGGCGGCCCAGAGUGGUUGGAGGACUGUGCCUGGACUGGAGCCCCUGGUCGGACAGGGCGUUCAUCAGUACAAGCUGUGGACGGACAUCCUGCCUCUGUUCAAUGUUGCGAGGGAUGCGGUCAUGGGUAAGACGGCGGAGUAA